AUGCGGAAAUCGCGUGUGCUCCGGGUCUCGUCGACUCGCGACAUCUGCAUAUUUUGCGCCACUCGUCAAGUCGCCGCAGCGGAUGCUCUUUCAGCGCUUUCUCAGCGGCGACACCUCAAUUCUUCGAGCAGAGCGCCACAAUAUGCAGAAGGGGCCCUAUACAAAGAAGAGGCAGUUCCGGCUCCAGCACCAAAGCGGAUGUUGACACAGGCAGAGAGGAUGCAACAGUUACUUCGAGCGAGAGCUCCAGCACCGCCUUCACCGCCUUCGCCCACGCCUCCCCCGAACCGGAUGCGAAUGAACCACGCGCCGGGGCGAGAUAACGGGAGAGCUCCCUUCCAGUCGUCCAUGCCGCCGCCACGAGGGCAAAAUCAGCAGAGACAGUCCAUGCCCCCGCCACCGCAUCUGCUAUCGCGACAGCCAUUGGGACAGAGACCGCCGUAUCGAAGCGCUAUGCCCAAUGGACCGGGGCGUGGCCAGAACGACACGCGAAACUCGCCAUCGUAUCAUUCCCCGCGAAACACUGGAAGAUCAACUGCCCAAGGUUUUCAGAAUACUCGUUACAAUGUCAACAUGGACUCGCGGGCUGCACCAGCUAUAGAAUCGCCAGCAUUUGGAACCGAACAAUUGCGCAGGAGGAAUGACGCUCAGAUAUCUGGCAGACCUCCUGCAGGUGGAACCAUGUCACAGCCGGCUCAACAGCCAAGGCCACGGCCUCCGAAAAUGAGUCAAGCAGAAUUGGAGGAGCUAUUGGGUAGCAAUUCAAAAUUGAGACAACCGCGAUCGCGUGCUCCAUUGUCACGGCAGGCCAACGUUCUAAGGACUUUUUUCCGUCAGCCGCUGCCCUCUCGUGCCCCACGGCCAGAUCACUCGAGACCUUCGGGAAAUCUCACUGAUGCGGCGGCAGACUUCGCCCGAAGGCAUGGGCCCAAGUUUGAGAAUGAACAGGUUGCAUCUGAGCCUGUCGAAGAAAGGCGUCGCGAUGACAGGAGGAGUCGACGAUUCCGUGAUGAAGAUGAGGAACCAGUGGAGUCACGCAACCGGUAUGAAGAGCCAGAGCGUCGCAGAACAGGGGAUUACGGGAGAGGUCGUCGUAUCAUGCGCGAGCAAGACUUCGAGGAAGACGAUAGAUACGUGAAUAAGGCGGAACGCAAGCGACUGCGACAGGAAGCCAAGAAGAAGACACAAGAGACAAAGGGGCCCGUGCCUGUCUAUCUUCCGGAGUACAUUAGUGUUGCUAACCUUGCUACUCUUCUGAAAGUACGCCUGGAAGAGUUUGUGGCGAAAUUAGAAGAGCUUGGUUUUGAAGAGGUGCAGUCGGACCAUAUUCUGAAUGCUGAGCAUGCAGGCCUGGUGGCUCAAGAAUAUAACUUUGAGCCCAUUGUACAAGCAGAGGAAGAUGACGGAGAUCUCCAACCAGCUCCCACGCUAUCUCCAGAAGACUAUGCCAACCUCCCUGCUCGACCCCCAGUUGUCACCAUCAUGGGCCACGUCGAUCACGGCAAAACUACUAUUCUGGACUAUCUACGGUCAACGAGUGUUGCCGCUGGUGAAUUUGGUGGCAUUACUCAACAUAUUGGCGCCUUCAGCGUGCCAUUGUCCUCUGGCAAGAAGAUCACAUUUCUGGACACACCUGGUCACUCAGCUUUCGAGACGAUGCGGGCUCGAGGGGCAAAUGUCACAGACAUUGUGGUCUUAGUCGUAGCAGCUGAUGAUUCCGUCAUGCCUCAGACGGUGGAGGCAAUCAAGCAUGCACAAGCAGCUGCAGUCCCAAUGAUUGUUGCGAUCAACAAGAUCGAUAAGUCACAGGCUGAUCCUGAAGCGGUCAAGCUUGACCUUGGGCGUCACGGUAUCGAGGUUGAAGAUUUUGGUGGUGAUGUUCAAGCCGUAUGCGUCAGUGGUAAGACCGGACAAGGUAUUCCCGAUCUGGAAGAAGCCAUCACUACGCUUUCUGAGAUGCUUGACCAUCGAGCCGACCCGAAGGCUAACGUCGAAGGAUGGGUCCUGGAAGGCACCACGAAGAAGUCUGGAAAAGUGGCAACUGUCCUUGUCCGCACUGGUACUCUUCGCUGCGGCAACAUCCUCGUUGCUGGCAAUACAUGGACUCGCGUCCGUAGUCUGCGCAACGAAGCCGGUGCCAUGGUGAUGGAAGUUGGUCCUGGUAUGCCUGUCGAAGUAGAUGGUUGGCGCGAACAACCGAUUGCCGGAGAUGAGGUUCUUCAAGCCGCUGACGAGCAGCAUGCCCAAGGCGUUUCUGAGCUGCGCGCGGAGAAGCUUGAUCGCGAACAAAUGGCCAAAGACAUGGAAGCAAUUAACGAGUCCAGACGCUUGGAGACUGAGCGCCGCGAGGCCGAAGAGGCUGCAGCCGAAGCCGAAAAGAAUGGCGAAACUGUCGAAGAAGCUGCCCCCAAGACAGAGACUGGCCCCGAGAUCAUCUCUUUCAUCGUGAAGGGCGACGUCUCUGGCUCCGUCGAGGCGGUCAUUGACCAAAUCUCUGCGCUCGGUAACGGCGAAGUCGGCACACGCAUCCUUCGCUAUGGAGUCGGUUCGCCUUCCGAAUUCGACGUGGAGCAUGCCGCUGAUGCGAAAGGCUAUAUCGUCAACUUCAACACGUCAGUCUCCAAUAACAUCAAAGCCUUGGCAGAGAAAAAAGAAGUCAAGAUCCUAGACUCGAACAUCAUCUACAGGGUCGUGGAGAACGUCAAGGCUCUGUUGGAGGAGAGGCUUGCGCCUAAGAUUGUGCAGAAGGUCACGGGUGAGGCGGAGGUCGCGAUGACAUUUGAGAUUGGUAUAGGCGGGCGCAGGAAAAUGGUCAUCGCUGGUUCGAAGGUUCGCAAUGGUGAGAUCAAGAAGGGCUCGAGGGCGAGAGUGUUGCGGAAGGACGAGGCUGUGCACGAUGGCAUCAUUGGGUCGCUGAAGAACCAAAAGAAGGACGUGCAGACCAUGCACAAAGACACUGAGUGCGGUAUCGCCUUCGACGACGGGUGGUCCGAAUUCAAGGUUGGGGAUAAGAUCCAAUGCUACGAUGAGGACAGGAUCAAGAGAACAUUGUAA